GCAUUGAGAGAAGCCGCUUGAACCGGGAACAAGCACAAAAGAAACAGCUUCGUAUACAGGAACGGAUGCGACAAUUUAACAUCGAGGAAGAAGGAUCCCGGCCUUAGAUAUCCCGUCAAAUUAUGGUUGACCCUGAAAAGUUCUUUUCGGAAGAGCUUCCGCAAAUAUGUGGCAAAACUGUUCCAUCAAUCGAAAGUAAUUUUGUAUCGGAUCAUCCGUCGAUUGUGGACAGAUUCUUCACUAGAUAUUGUUAUGUUCAUAGCGCUAAACCAAUAGAACCGCAUUUAGUACUGUUUCAUUCUAACCGAAUUUGUUUAAUCGGACUGGCUUCAAAUCACGAGGCUUUUUCACGUGGGAUUAAAUCUAUUUCAUACGAAGUAGGCAAAAUAAAUCGCAGUCAGAAUCAAGUCAGUGGCAAGAAGAAAAGUGGUGGCAUGAUUGUACAAGCAGAUUCCACUUUGGCGCUGGUAACUUGUAAUGACGGUAGCGUUUUUAAAGUUCGAAGUUGUAUACAAGGAAAAUUAGUAGAAGUUAACCAGCGGUUAGUUGAAAAUGUUGGGUUACUGCAGAUGGAAGGAUAUGGAUACGUAGCUAUUGUAAUGCCAAAACCGGAACAAUGCGAGGCGAUAAAACAGAAAUUAUUGCCCAUGGUUGAAAUGGAACCAAAAAUUGACCGCAAUAUAUCUGAUCCAGACUCUUCUAGUAAUAAAUAACAGAGUGUAAACAAACUUUAUUAAAAUAUACUUUAUUUCCUAAGGAAAAGCACUAUCAAUUAAGAUAAAAUCGCAAAUGCGUACUUGCUUCGAUUGUGACUGUCAGGACAGAUGUCAGGCCAAUCUUACCUGUAUCCGACCACGUUUUCUCCCAGUACAUAUCUGUCCUAUUAGUCUAUGGAGGAAUAACUAAAAAUGUUUCUUGCUAACUUGCUACCAACUCCACAACGGGAGCUAUACGAGUAGCAUUCCCUCUAAAGCUCUACUCAAUAUUAUUCCUCUACAUCAAUUGUUUGUUUACCAUGUUUUAUAAAUGUACUUUCCUUGACUUGAGUAAAAGCGAUGUAGCUGACAGGUUUUCGUUAUUUUAG